CACUCCCAAACGGCGAGACCAAUUUUCUCCUGGUCGCCAAGCCAGACCGAGCAAACCCUUAUCUCCUGGUGCGGGAUGCCGCAGAGUUCACAUUUCACGAGCGCAAGCCGAUUUAAAUAAGACCCACGCCCUGCCAAUCCGAGGCACGGCGCAGAUCACCUUUCAAACUCACCGCACCUAUACCCCCAGCAGCGGUUGUAUCGUGGAGAACACCUUCAAGAUGGGCUGGGUUCACAAUUUCAAUGAUUCGGUCGCAAAGUCGGCCGUUGGUCGGUGGUUCCGUCUCGAUGGCUCCGGACAUCCCAAAGCUCGCGCUGGGAGUCGCUUCUUCACCGAGAUCAGAGCCGGAAUGGCGACCUUCUUCGCCAUGGCAUAUAUCAUUGCAGUCAACUCGUCGAUAACUUCGGACUCUGGCGGUACUUGUGUUUGCCCGGCUGAUCAGCUUGAGUCAUUGUGCGUUGACUACGAACCAUACCUGCUUUGUGUGCAAGAGAUCAACCGCGAUCUGGUUACUGCGACUGCUGCGAUUUCGGCUCUGACCUCUUUCUGCAUGGGGCUCUUCGCCAACAUGCCAAUCGGUCUCGCACCCGGAAUGGGUCUAAAUGCGUACUUCACGUAUACCGUUGUUGGCUUCCAUGGAUCAGGUAUGGUGCCGUACGAGGUUGCACUUACCGCUGUCUUCAUGGAAGGUUUCGUUUUUGUCGGCCUGACCCUUUUCGGUAUCCGACAGUGGCUUGCAAGGGCGAUUCCGGCCUCGAUAAAACUCGCGACGGGUGUGGGUAUCGGUCUGUACCUGACCAUCAUUGGCCUGAGCUACUCUGCCGGUAUUGGACUCAUCACUGGCGCAAAAUCGACCCCUCUGGAGCUCGCUGGAUGCGUCCACACGCCUGGACAGUUGGAUACUGAUGGCCUCGCCUGCCUCAGUUCCUACAAGAUGCGCAACCCGACCAUGUGGAUCGGCAUCUUCUGCGGCGGCUUUGUGACCGUCCUGCUGAUGAUGUACCGCGUUAAGGGUGCCAUCAUCGCCGGUAUCCUGCUCGUUUCCAUCAUCUCCUGGCCUCGCGGGACCGCCGUCACCUACUUCCCGCACGACACACUUGGUGACUCCUCGUUCGACUUCUUCAAGCAGGUCGUCGCCUUCCGCCCUAUCAAGCAUAUCCUAGGUGCUCAGAAAUGGAACAUCUCCGGACACGGCGGUCAGUUCGCGCUGGCUUUCAUCUCCUUCCUGUAUGUCGACAUUCUCGACUGUACCGGUACUCUGUACUCUAUGGCUCGAUUCGCGGGCUUGAUCGACGAACGAACUCAGGAUUUCGAGGGCAGCUCGAUUGCAUACACGGUCGACGCUCUCGGUAUUUCGAUCGGCAGUCUUUUCGGUACUCCUCCUGUCACCGCGUUCAUUGAGAGCGGUGCUGGUAUCUCCGAGGGAGGCAAGACGGGACUGACUGCUAUGAUGACGGGAUUUUGCUUUUUCAUCUCCAUCUUUUUUGCGCCCAUCUUCGCAUCGAUUCCUCCGUGGGCCACUGGAUGUACCCUGAUCAUCGUGGGGUGUCUCAUGGCUUCAGCGGCAAAGGACAUCAACUGGCGCUACAUGGGGGAUGCGAUCCCGGCGUUCCUCACCAUCACCAUCAUGCCCUUCACCUACUCGAUCGCCUACGGUAUGAUUGCGGGUAUCUUCUCGUACACCAUCAUCAAUGGCAUCGUGUGGAUCGUAGAGAAGGCGUCGGGCGGCCGCCUCGUGCCCGAGUACAAGGAGGAGAAGGACGCAUGGACGUACAAGAUUCCCGGCGGAAUCCUGCCGCCGUGGCUCAACCGUCUCCGGCGCGGAAAGAAGGACUUCUGGAGGAGCGACGACGAGUCGGAGGGUGUGCCUGGCGCUGGCGUCGUCAGCGAGCGCAAGAGCGAGACAAGCGAUGUCCCCGUGGACCACGAGAAGGGCCCGAAGGUGGCUUAAAAAUGUGCAAGGAGCGGCGGAUUUGAGUUUUGGUUGCAGGCCAACAGGUUGGAACACGGUCUUGUAUUGUCAUGUUGUCCUAUGAACAUGUGCCAGCUUUGGCAUGUACAGUUGGCCGAGUGGCCGGCAGGAUCAUAAGGAUCGAAGAUACCCUCGCUUUGAAAAUCGAACAUAUUUGGCAAAGCAGUCCUCAGCGUGCGCGUGAGACGACCACCAACAUAACUUCCAUCAGUCCGUGGACCUUGCUCACUACCAAGGUCCAUCGGUCAUCGCAGAGCUCCCCAAUCACACCCACAUGUUAGCAGGAAGCAGGUGUCACGGCGUGACAUUCUGUCUUCGCUCUCCGAAGCGCAGCGCGAGUCGGAGGCACGGCGAAUCGGAGCGGCAUCUGGCCAGGCCGUCCUCGGCUGACCCCGCCUGGCCUG